UCUACUCUCUUUUCCAAUAGAAAUUUGUAAGCAGUGGCAAUUCUACAAUUUCAACGGAUUUCCUUGUACUUGUAGAGAUAGAAGAAGUUUUUGCUUUUGCGCGUACCAGUAGGCUCCUGCAGUGGGAAAGUAGGAUGAUGAGGACGUUGUAAAAAUUCGUAUUUCAGCGCAGGACGGCUGUUGGUACGGUACCUUGUCUUUAUUUUUUUCCUAAAGGAGAGUCAGAGUCAGUCUCUACUUUCUUAGGGGUGACUGAAGAGAGAGGACAUAGACACUAACAUAAAGAUGGUGUCAGCCGCUGCCUCGCGCGCUUUUGCGCCUCCAGCUACGCGGAGCAGCUCAAAAACAUCGACUGCUACAACAGCAUCAUCAAGUUACGAUUGGAGCAUCGAUUGCCAAAAGUUUGAUUGCUAACAAACUAUGUUUCAUAGGAUUUUUCUGGCUUAUUUCUCCAAGCUUUGCGAGCGCUGUUUGCGGCGCUGUUGGAGCCUUUCAAAAAUUUCAGGAAUGCGAAAUCACUUAUCGAUUUUUUUUAGUGGUAUUUGUCACCUUGCUCCACCGUCUCCGUCAAUUGUACUAAAUGUAAAACUAACAGCUGAUUGUGGUCGUGCCGUCUUGGUAGAUCAUAGUUUAGUCCAGAUGAUGACGUUUUUAUGUUGACUCUAAACCCUCGCGGCCGCAGGAGCCCAACGGCAUCAGCAUCCGUAUCGAGCUAGUGUUGUGACAAAUAAAGCAGAUCUGCCUGUCGACUACAAUAAUUUGAAGGGUAGCACGAUGUACAAGUUUGGCCAAGGCUCCAACGCUCGCGACGACAAGGACAAAGAAGUGGUCGUGCAUAAAACAGACGCAGAGUUGAACCUCGAAGAAGAAGACGACGCCCAAGCCGACCUGAAAAGUCUGGGGUUCACAAAAAGAGAAAUCAUGAAGUUACGACAUCACAAGAACUUCUUCUACAUGGUCUUUUUAUAGUAACCUGGGAACUAGGACGUAGCGUAGCGCCACCAGCUCUAGGUCGUAGUCUUCGUGUUUUCUUGGCCCUUCAGCAACAGCAGGCAGUCACGUCUGCCAGUUUUCCUGGUGGGCCCGCACCUAGCCUAACCUUAUAGAUACAUAGUGAUGCGUGGUCUAGAAGAUCAUCUAUAAGUUUCCACCUCCGCUCCUUCGACCUCAUGAUCAUCUCGGAGAUCUGCUUCAUUAGAGGAUUUCCACCUCUCGCUACCGCUAUCCUCCACAUCCUCGCUCUACUUCUGGUGAUGUUCUAACUGCCAUCGACAAAGUGAGAAAGGCAGUGAUGAAUCCCCGUGGCUCUGAUUCGUCGUGGGGCAGACCGGAUCCAAGGGAGGUUCAUCGAGCAUGUAGAGAGCUCAUACAGUGGUUUGAUCGAGACACAAAGUGGGAAGAAGGACAGCAUUUGGAGAGUCAAAGAUUGAGUACAAGAACCACUAACUAAAACUAUUAGCUUGCUAUGAAUGUGUAUGAAAAUGAAUGUGGUAAACAGCAUUUGUUUAUAUUUUGGACGACUUGGAGAAAAGUUUUUAUCAGAAACUGAGCACAAGCACUACAAAUACUUGAUAUGGGAAGACGAUCAUCAUAUGAGAGGCGUCUUUCUCUAGUCUAUCAUCAAAUACUCAACAACUGCACACCACUCAGCAUUCGACCUAUUGGAGCAAGUGGUGCUGCAUGGGCUUCGAUUACGGCACCUGCGGGAUGUGGAUAUCAUGCGAGUCAUCGAUACCAAUAUAAGUCACCGAGAAAGAAGCACAGAUACGGGAGCGAUACUACAGGAUGGAAAAAUUGUACAAGUUGAACUUUAGGUUUAGAUUUUCACACAACUUCCGUGUAGAAGUUGUACAGCAUUAUACAGUGCAGUAUCGUCUCAACAUCAUGAACCAGGUUAGUACAUUGUCCUCGUGAACUAGAACUAGAACAGUAAAAGCGCUAGUCCCACAAGUUUUUUGAAUAUUUGUUUCUCACAGAUGAUGAAGCAGAAGCGGAAGUCGAAAGCCGAAAUGGAGGAACGAAAGAAAAUUCUAGUUUCAGUCGAAGCGUUCUCAAGUAUGUUAUGGCUCUGCGGUCACUUAUGUUCACUUUUACCGCACAGUAUUUAAUGUCGUGAUCGUGUGCCCAUACCUCACGCUCUCCUGUUCUAACCUUUGUGAAUAAUUUUGUGGAGAGAAACGCGGUAAAGCGGCUUUUUUUGCAGCAAGAGAAAGGUGCCCCACCAAGCGAAGAAAUAAUGACACGCUGUUUCCGCGAAUUCGCAUCGAGGAAGCUUUAUCGUAUAUUUAGCCUCUCAAGAAGAACAUCACUUUUGAUAAUUAUGAACUCGAACUCGGAGGAACAGGGUACGACCGAAUUAACUUUUCAAACAUUCGAAUGCGUGAUUAUACUAGAGACUGACUCAAGCAUUCCACAGCAAGAACACAAUAGAAAUUACAACCAUUCAACACCAGGUCCUGGCGAUCCCGGUCUCGCUGACGAGGAGAGGCCGACAGCGUUGUCAGAGAAAACUAUAGUGGAAAUUUUCGAAUUUCUUGAGGUCUACAUGACCACCAAGGACGUCACGUUCCUCUUCAAGCAAAUAGAUGCGGAUGGUAUCUUCUGUUUCUGUCAGGAUACAUAGAAAUUGAUGUUAGAAUCCACUCACGACGAUCGAAGACCUUACAUGACAGGAAAAAGAAGUCUCAGCUACUCUCACUCUCCACAUGACCUUCGUCGAGAUUAGCUGGCUUGUGGCAUCAAUUGCAUUUCUAUGAUAUGGAUAUGCGGACGAACGAAAAAAUGAAAUUCCAACUAAUUAUGGCCAUGAUGGAGGUUGUAAUCAAGAAUAAGAAAGUCAUAGAUAGAUUACUCUGUAGUUCUUGCGGUUCUUAUUCUUCCCCCAUACUACUUCCAUUUCGUCUUAUUCGCUCACUUUCAACAGGAUCCGGCACCAUUGAAGAAGAUGAAUGGAAGGAGUUUUUCAAGAAAGCAUCACACCGAGAAAACUUGAAGAAGCGUGCUUGUCUACAAGAUGCCUAUUUGCGUGCUGUCUUCGACGAAUUCGAUGUCGCAAGAAGGGGCCACCUCCAGAUGGAAGAUUUGAUGAACAUCGUAUUUUUCUAAGUAGACCUUUUUCUUUUCUAUAACCAGAGCCUACCACCUAGUAUCCUAGGCAUAACAAGGAUUUCUUGAGGGACAAGCACAAUUACUUUUCUCCCUCAGGGAGAAAAGUAAUUGUACUUGUACAUGUGGUUGCUAUGCUCAUGCCUCAAAACUUCUAGUACUACCAUGAUUCAGAUCCGCUUCAUCAACCUACGAAUGUCGGAGGAGGUAGCAGAGAAGCUAUUUUUUACAAUCGAUUCGAAUAACGAUAAUCGGAUAGAACUAGACGAAUUUCUGGGAUUUUUCCAGGCAGUCCAGAGCCAAGACGACAUGAAACAGAAAAUCAAGGAAAUGAGCAUCAAGAAUUAUGGCGCAUUUGCACACGCGGCAACAACUCUCCUUCAUCCCCUAAGUACUUGAAUCAAUUUUGAUUUAGACAGAUGUCGAUGAUGGCCAGAUCCUCUACAAGAACUCCUUCUACUCCCAAUUCGCAUUCUAAGAAUUGCAACGAAGUGCCUGGUGUCAAGGAGGGAUAGGCUUUCUGUCGAUGAUAGCGUUCGUUCUCUGUUGCGUUUUUGGCAUAGUGCCGCUGGCAAUAGUGACCGGAAUUAUGGUCUCCAUCUUCGUCCUGAACUUCGUGGGAUGGAAGAAUGUAGAGCGUGCUGGUGCCUGCGUCCAGAGGAACUCGUGCGUCUUCACAAUAAACCGACUCAGAUAUACCACAGUCAUGUGGGGAAUCGUACUACUAGUUGCAUUUUUUAUGUUGUUAUUGGGAAACAUACAUUACAAGUUCAAGAAACAUGAUACAAGUGCUCCUGUCAACAUUGUCGUGAUCAUAUUUGAUAUUAGGCCAAGAACUAUUCUACAUACGUGGUCAUGAUCUUCAACGUCGACUUUGACAUGACUACACGGCUGACGCUCACUCUUUCUGCUUACAGCUAUACCUCGCUUUGGUGAUUUGGCAUCAGUACGAGGGUGCCGAGAUAGAGCGAGACCAUACUAGGAGGCAUGUGGAGACCCCAACAAUACCCAAAGAAUUCGUUCUUGCUGGUGGAAUACUGCUUGCCAUUUUCGUUGGUGUGAAUGUUCUUUGCAUGCUCGAAUCUUCCUGCAAAGUAUCAAGGAGAAUAUCGAGUGCCCUAGCAGAUAACGUUAAGGCUUUUGGUUCUGCCAAUCUAUCUCCUGUGAGUGUAUCUCUAACACUAACUAUGUACCGGGUUAUGGAAUAUCCUACUGUUGGGUGGUGGAAGACAACAAGGGGAAGGGAUAUAAUUGGCGGGGAAUAUUAAGUACUACUUAAAUACUUGAUAUGAUACGUACAAGGGAUAUAAUUGUUCUAGUUGGGCUUGACGGGAACCCUUACCCUACUGCUCUUCAGAGAUCAAUGAGAGGCAGCUUCUCUAAGAACGGUCCAAAAGUAGACGUGCCAAGAGUACGACUGAUACCAUACAUGGGCGCGAUAGCAGGUAUGAAAAUUUGCUUGUUCUUUAUCUCAUUUUUCAAUUUAGAUACUGGUCGUUGGUACUAUGCAAUGUUGAAAUAUUCAACUUCAAACGAGAAAAAUCAACAUGAAGAUUCAUAGACUUCGCAAUUAUGCUCUUCAUCUACUGGGCCCAAAACUACAGACGCGGUUUUUUCCCCAAGUCGUAUGCGAGGAUCCGGAGGAUCGAAUUCGCCACCUAGACGGAAAUCGUUUUCAAGGGAACGAGCUAAUGAAUUCGCUAAAGCCAGGCUACCACCUGAAGGAGGCUACAGUGCUGGCUACCCAGUCCCAUCCCAUAUCGCUGGUGGCUUCAGAAGGGCCUACGAAGGUGCUGCUUCUGCGUCUGCGAGUUAUUCGUCUCCUGAUAAUUAUGAGAACAAGAUUAAUGCUAAAAAAGGGUGGAUGUUGUUGUUGAUUUUGCGGGAUCAUGAUGUUGUAGGAUGUUUUUGGAAAUAGAUGCCUGUAGAAAAAAUGCUGUAAUAUCGGUCGUCUACCUCGAACCCAAAGUUAUACUAGUAGAUUGCUUUUAUUGAUAUUGAAAGCAUUUAACUGUCUUCCCUCACCCUCUCGCUGUCUCUCCCAAACACCCCCUUCAUAACCCAGUCCGAAGAGGGUCUUGGGGAAGUGGCGGAUCAUUACCAAGCGCAGGACGUGAAGGGCGCUUGCCUAGUGCAGAACGAAGGAGUCAGGGUACUAUCGAGCCCUUCCGUCCCCUUAGUCAACAGGGUGCGCGUGAACAGAUAGCUGGCAUCAAAAAGGGGGACAAUGUAACGGCGAUGGGAAUCAUGAAAAAACCAUUGGAUGAGUAAGGAUAAGUAAAGUCUUCAUGUUCAUGUUCAUGGUAAGCACAAGUAGGUUUGAUGUUGCUAUUCUUUCUCGUCUAUUAUUUUCACUCAAAUUUGCUAUGUUCUCUCGCUAUUCGCACUCUCUCUGUGACAAGAUUUACCAGUGACCAACAAAGAAACGAUACCGACCUCUCGCUUUAUCGUUGUUACCUGAAAUCGCAUAGCUUCCGCAGAAAAAUCAAGGAGGUAGAUGUGACGCGCUCCAUUUUAUUGCUCUGUGUUGGAGCGUGAGAUGUCUCGUUCCAGACAUCCAGAAGUCCUGGAUGACAUUCCCGAAAUCAUCUGAAUCCUAAAAAUACUAUGAAAAGUCUCCAUUUCUUGAUGAAAAGAUGUGCAUGAUAUUCGUGUCGCAUGCAGUAACCGGGCUUAUUUUUGUACAGAUGUUGCAAAGUUAUUAGAUAAAUCAAUAUGAAUGUAUCUCCCUAUUCCGAAAUUAACGAAAUCCAUCCGUCCCCGUUUUAGACUCAAUGUACUAGUACCACGCAGAAUAACAUCAUGGAAACCCGUUUUCACAGAUCACCAUCAGCUGCAGCAGCAGCGUAGGAACUACAUUUAUUAUCGGGUAACAGUUUAUCUGAUUCUAUGUCAAUUUAUGGUCAUAUAGCGAAAUUUUGCACAAUGUCACAGCAGCUGUCAUGAUAUGUUUUCUUUGAUCCAAAUCACUAGCUACCCUGCUGAUAGUAUCUAUAAGUAUCGAUCCCGUUGUACCAUUGCAGGUCACGACUCUGUAGAUUGAGCUUUGCUAUGCAUCAAUCGAAGUUUUAGUUUUAGAUCAGCGUUGUAAUAGAGCAUAAAUUGCUCGCGACCAGAGGACCUCGUCUAGAUCUUAGUUUUACAGUCUAGGAGAUGUUGAUUGGCGGAGUUUUACUUUAUGAGCUCGAGCAGAAGUCUCUGUGGAUGUUGUCCAGCAGCCUGAAAUUUUC